CGACUAUGACCUACAAGAACGCCUCCAUUGUUUUGUUGACUCGAGGAUGUUGACGUGGAGAGCAGUUAGUCGGCUUCAUAGAGUACAAGGACAAUGUUCUCCCUCUUCUACGGACUCUACAAGUACCUGUUCAAGAAGGACGAGUUUUUUGUACUCAUACUCGGACUGGAUAAUGCUGGCAAAACUACAUACCUCGAAGCUGCUAAAACCAAAUUCACCAGAGGCUACAAAGGCCUAAGCCCCAGUAAAAUCACCACAACUGUCGGCCAGAACGUCGGAGGGAUAACUUACGCAGGAAUCAAGCUCAGUUUCUGGGACCUAGGCGGACAGGAGGAGCUGCAGCCGUUGUGGGAGAAGUAUUUUAAGUGCCACGCAGUGAUUCACAUGGUGGAUUCGGCGGAUAGGGAACGGAUGGAUGAGUCGAAGGAGGCUUUUGACAGAAUGAUAUCGAGCGAGAACCUGUCCGGCGUCCCUCUACUGGUUCUGGCCAAUAAACAAGACAUACCCGAGUGUAUGGGUGUACGGGAGGUCAAACCGGUCUUCAACCAAUCGGCCGAUCUGAUUGGCCGGAGAGACUGUAUGGUUAUGCCAGUCUCGGCUUUGACUGGAGCCGGGGUCGACGAGGGCAUUGACUGGCUGGUGGAGUGUAUCAAGAGAAACACCGACGUUAGACCAUCACUCAAUCACGACGACACCUGACUCGCCAACUAGCAGUCGCCAACUAGUAGUCACCAACUAGCAAUCGUCAACUAGUAGUAUAACUCUUCGGAGGAGGGGGGGGGUGGUGGGUGGGUUU